GGAUAGGCCCUUAAAAAUAGGAUCACAAUGUUCGUUCGCAAUGGACGAUAAUUGACCAGCACGGGAAAAACAGGCAAAACGUCGAUAGUCGAUACGCUCGCAGCUCGCAGCAGCUCACAGCUCACAGCAUCCCUUUACGGCAAUUGUGUCAUUAGCUUCACUGAGCCUAUUCGCUAGAAAAUAUUGCCAUUUCCGAAGAAUUUUUUCGACAGAUUCUCAUAAAGCUAGUUCGAAAUGGGUAAUGAAAGUUCGCUGCCUAUGGAACUUUGUUCAAACUUUGAUGUAGAUGAAAUUAGAAGAUUGGGAAAAAGAUUUCGGAAGCUAGAUUUGGAUAAUAGCGGAGCUCUUAGUAUCGAUGAAUUUAUGUCUUUACCCGAGUUACAACAAAAUCCAUUGGUGCAACGUGUUAUUGACAUAUUUGAUGCUGAUGGUAAUGGAGAAGUAGAUUUUAAAGAGUUUAUUCAUGGAGUGUCUCAAUUCAGUGUUAAGGGUGACAAAGAAAGCAAGUUACGAUUUGCAUUUAGAAUUUAUGAUAUGGAUAAUGAUGGUUAUAUAAGCAAUGGAGAGCUUUUCCAAGUCUUAAAAAUGAUGGUAGGCAAUAACUUGAAAGAUACACAAUUGCAGCAAAUUGUUGACAAGACAAUAUUGUUUGCUGAUAAAGACGAAGAUGGCAGGAUUAGUUUCGAAGAAUUUUGUUCCGUUGUUGGUAAUACAGAUAUUCAUAAGAAAAUGGUGGUUGAUGUUUAAGUGAUCCAAGUUUGUGAAAAACUCUUAAUUUACAAAAUGUAUGUUAAUUGAAAUCUAUAAAUUAAUAAUCUAUUAUAACAACAGAUUUAUCGGAUAGUUCUAACAAAGAUCUGUUUAGAGUAAACUUAUACGAUUAUUGUUCUUAAGCCUUUUAUCAUUACAAGUCUACCCAAACAAAAUUUACACGAUAUAUCAGACUAGUACAGUGCACGAAUAUUAGAUCAAUAUGAUACAGAUUUGUUUUGAUGUCGUGCCCUGUUAAAGAUAUUGCGGAACAAUUUAAAUUAUCUUGUAUGUUCCUUUAAAUACAAAGAUCAACAAUGUGAUCUUAAAUAAUUAAAGCUUUUAACUAGCAUCUCGAGUCUAACGCUAUAUGUGAUUCCCAAGAUUUUCUUCAGAAACUUGUAAAGAAAUAUGUGUUUCCUACACUAUAAAUAAUUUGGACAUAAAUGCAGUUAAUUAAUAUCUUUGUUUUAAUGAAGCACGAAAGUAAAUCAAAUCUUGCAUUAUUGAUACAAUCAUCAUACCAUAACUUAUCAUACUUCUAUCAUAGUUAAAAAAAAAUAAUUGUUAAUAUUAUCCUUAACGACGUUAAUAUCGUUAAUAUACUUAAUAACUUCGACCAGAAUCCUUAAGGAUAUUAUUAUUUUAAAUGCUAUUAAUAUUUUAGAGGAAAGUUGUAAAAGAUAUAAUCUCUUCCCCCCCCCCUCCCCCCUCAGCUAUUCAUAUAUAUUAUAUUUAUAAGAAACAAUUUCAAAUUGUGCAUUCGGAAGAUACACUGCAAUUUAUGAAGUUAUACAGAGAACAUUUUAACUUUAUUAAGUCACAGAUCUACUCGAUUAGCCUUUGUGUGUAUAAGACUUGUGUGUAUAAACUGUGUAUUGACAUUGGAUGUUUGUAAUUUUCGAAUGUGCGAUUUAUUUAUUUAUUUAGAUAUUUAUUUAUUACAUACAUAUAUAUAUAUAUAUAUAUGAUUAGUAGAACAUAUAAUAAUUUAUCAUAUCAAGAUAUAUUUAGAUAUUUAUAAUAUAUAUAAGUUUAUUUUACCAUUGUUAAUUGUUUCUAUGUAUACUCACAUGUUAUACGAUCUUAUCAUAUGUCUAAUUAAAGUUUAAAAUUGUGAAAUA